CCUGUAGCUAACAAAUUAAAACCUGAAUUAAGAGGUUCAUCAGAAUAUUCAGCAAUGCUAUCACACAUAAGGCACCUAAUUGUUAUUCUCAGAGAAAAACCAACAUUGAAUAUUUCAUAUCUUUUGUUAUUUUUAAAUUUAUCUUCACAAUUAAUGCAGGGUAGUCCAAAAAAGAAAAGUAAG